GCACUCCUUGCUCCUAACGUAAACAAACAGUUUUAGUCCUGAUUGCCGCGUGUUUGCAGUAAAAAUUUCAUAUUUUCCGCAAGAAUGUCCGAUCCUAAGAGAAUAAAGCUAGAUUCAUCUGGCAAUGGCAAGUGGAAGAAAGGCAAGGAUGGGAAACGAAACUACUAUGCCAAGGCUGGCGAAAAUGGUGGAGGAAAGCCGGCUCGGGAGCGUUACCUCAAGCCUGGCCAUCGUGGCUUCCUGAUAACUUGUAACGGUCGGGUACGGGAUUGCGUGCGGGAUAGCUACCGUAUCUUAAACGAAUAUGCAGAUGAGUUCUACGGCCCCCAGGAACAGGCGAAGGAAACAGAAGACGGCAAACAAGUAGCAGCUGCUACCGAAGCAGAGGAGCAGGAGGAGGAAGAUAUAUCGAUUAAACUGCAAAAGGAAGCAGAGGCGGCUGGUCAAAAGAGCGACAAAGCUUUUCGCUUCCAGAACGUGGACAGUGGUGCCACGAACUGUCUUUUCAUACAGACCAGCCUCGAAAACCCUAACGAAAUAGGCUACAAGUUGAUGAAAGAUUUAAGCGCCACGAAGAAACACAAGUCUCGCUUCAUACUGCGAAUGCUGCCAAUCGAAGCGGUUUGUCGCGCAAACCUGAAAGACAUUAUGGAUACGGUAGGAGCACUGUGUGAUCGUUACUUUCUGAAGGAACCGAAAUCGUAUGCCAUCAUUUUUCACCGACGACUGAACAAUGAGCUUUCCAGAGAUGAUGUCAUCCGCGAAUUGGCCGAUCUUAUAACCGCCAAAAAUGCUGGUAAUAAGGCCAACUUGAAAAAUCCUGAUCUGGCGGUGAUCGUUGAAGUUAUCAAAGGGCUUUGCUGCAUUGGGAUACUGCAAGAAUAUUACCAACUACGGAAGUACAAUUUGGCGGAAAUAGUAGCUCAAACACAAGCGCCACCACCUACUGAAGCCGGCCCAGCCCGCACUGAGGACAGUGAAAACGAGCAAAAAGUAGAUGAAGAAGCAGCUUCGACAGCCAGCAAAGAGCCAAAAGCGGAGGACUCAUCAAGAAGCGCAGAUAUACUUGAAUAAAAUACUUUUAUUUUCGUAGAAUCUAA